AGGAAUCUUUUAAUAUAAUGUUUCCCGAAUUUACAAGUCUUAACAGUCAGCAAAGAUACGAACAUUCACUACUAUAAGCAGAGGCAGUACCCGGUUGGCUUGAGUUGCCAUAUACCUCCGUAGCUUCGUAUGUUCCUGUAAGGUGAGUAUCAAACCGGUCGUGCUGUUAAUCUCAUUAUUGAUAGAGAUCUCCAGGGGGUUAUUGCUGAAGAAGUCUUUCACACAAGUGGUCACUAACUCCUCGACUGAUUUGAAUACAAGCCAGUAGCUAGUAGGAAAAUCGUGCUCAUGGGAUACAAUUUUGGAAUAUGGAGAAACCAUCAAUACCAAGUCCUAAUUUAGUAGCGAACCAAACAAGCUGGGCAAAGAUGCGGUCCGUGAACAUGUGAAUGCGAUCAUAGGUCUCACAGCUCUGUUGGCACGGCACAUCCAGUAUUAAUAUAUCCUGGUCUUUACUGGGAAGAUAGUUUUUCCACAAAGAAAGAGGAAGCUUGCGCGUAGGUGUGUGAGAAAUGAUUAGUGUGUACUUUGCCUUAACCCCAUUCAAUAGCUGCCUGCCACUCUAGACCUGUUUAUGCAAAGAUCGAACGGCUCAGUUUGGGUUUUACUGACAGGGAGUCCUGUUGGCCCCAAGUAUCCUUUUUGAACUAAAACGGCUUUAACCCCAACCUCCUUGCUUUUCGGUUGACAGGGGAGGAGGUCCCAUUUAGCAAAAUGCAGAUAUAUGAACACUUGAAGGAUAACAGAAUGGAAGAGGGAAAAAAAAAGUUUGUUAAAAAAUUAUCUCAUUUUAAAAGGCCAUCAACGUCCCAACCAACGUCCCAACCAACAGAAUCUUGAUUAAAAAAAAAAAAAGAAAGAAAAAUAUUUGCCCAAAUCUACAUAUUCCGAAACAAAGCAUAAAAAAGGAUAUUUGAAGAAAUCUCCGAUGGUGCAACAUCCCAUUCUUUUCUUCCAUCUCCAGUUUCCUCAUUUGUCAUUUAAAACACAAAAGACCCAACCCUUAUGCAGGAAAAAAAUCCAAACACUCCUAUUGGGUAAUAACAAUGAUCCUUCAAUAAGCUGCGUUUUCGCUUACAAUGAAGCCGAAGACCAUAAUCUUCUUAUUUUUCGACUGAAAGUUGAAAAGAAACGGUCUCUCUUUUUCUUGGUUUUUUUCUUUUUUGAAGAAUAAUGCGUUUUAUUUUAUAUGCGGCCGCCCUUUUACUUCUUCAUUUCUUGCUCACGGUAUGGUUUUGUCUUGCUAUUCGGACCACAGUCGGAGGAGAUGGGUUGGGGUUCCGGUUUCCGGAGGCACCGUAUUACCGUAACGGAGUGGAGUGUCCGGUUUCCUCCGGCGACCGCAAUUUAGUCCAAGUGGCAAUGACUUUAGACUUUGAAUACUUGCGGGGGUCGAUCGCCGCCAUCCACUCCGUCGUCCGCCACGCUUCGUGUCCUGAAAACAUCUUCUUUCACUUCAUUGCCGCCGUGUUCGACCCCGCGAGUCCAAGAGUCUUGAGCAAACUCGUUCGCUCCACAUUCCCUUCACUCAACUUCAGAAUCUACAUCUUCCGCGAAGACACAGUGAUCAACUUGAUCUCUUCUUCAAUCCGGCAAGCCCUCGAGAACCCACUGAACUACGCUCGGAACUACCUCGGGGACAUGUUGGAUCUCCAAGUAGACCGAGUCAUUUAUCUCGACUCAGACCUGGUCCUCGUCGAUGACAUCCUCAAACUCUGGAACACAACGUUGACCAACUCUCGAGUCAUCGGCGCACCCGAAUACUGCCAUGCAAACUUCACCAAGUAUUUCACGGCCGGGUUCUGGUCGGACCCGGUAAUAUCCCGGGUUUUCCGCUCCAGAAAGCCGUGUUAUUUCAACACGGGAGUAAUGGUAAUGGAUUUAGUGCGUUGGAGAGAAGGGAAUUACAGGAAAAGAAUAGAGAAUUGGAUGGAAAUACAAAGGAAAAAAAAGAUAUACGAGUUGGGCUCAUUGCCACCCUAUUUGCUGGUAUUUGCUGGGAAUGUAGAAGGCAUUGAUCAUAGAUGGAACCAACAUGGGCUUGGAGGGGACAAUAUACGAGGUUCAUGUCGGUCGUUGCAUCCGGGUCCGGUCAGCUUGUUGCAUUGGAGUGGGAAAGGGAAGCCAUGGGUUCGACUGGAUGGUGGAAACCCGUGCCCUCUUGAUCAUAUUUGGGAAUCCUAUGAUCUUUACAAAGGGAAUUUAAUCAAACACCAAUCUUUUCCUUCUGCUUUUGCCAAUUUCUUUGAAUACCCCAGCUAUUUGUUUUGAUCUCUCUUUUUUUCACUUCUAGAAACAAUGGUGAUUUUCGUGAUUUA